AUGGGCGUCUGCCUUUCAUGCUUGGGUCUGCGUCGCAACGACCACGAAGAGGGAGAUCGAUCUCGCCUCCUCUACGAUGACCUGGGCACGAACCAUGGCUACGGAACGUGGGGCGCAUCAAACGUACCUGCGCAGAAUGUCAUGAGCGCAGAAGAAGUCCAGCGGGAGCAGGAAGCGCUGGACAAUAUCACAAGAUGGGCGAGCGAGUACGUCGUCUCUAUCUCCAUGAGAAAUGAUACUAACAUAGAAAUCAACAGCCAAAUCGUCGAGAUCUUUCCUCAUCAACACAAAAGCCUGACAAUGUCCACCUCUCAGAUUAAUGGACAUACCGAGAACGGCGGGCCAUCUUCCACGCACCACGAUAUCCUCCUCUCUCUGAUUCCCGGCGACAAGUCGAAACGCUCCAUUCGGAUAUACCCUGCCUCGAGGCCAACGUCGAAAGAUGCAAGUUCUUUACGAAGCAAGAGUUCGUUUGGGGGUCUGAACGGCAUGAGCACGAAUCCAGAUCCCGUCCUUGUAACGCUCGAUGUCAACAUGCCCUAA